UGGUCAUCACGUGGCUAUUUGAAAAACAGUUAUUAAUUUACUCUACGAAAAUAUUGUGUUUCUAUAAAUUCUAUAUACUGUUCUACAUAGAACAUACAUACAUAUAUAAAUAUAUACACAAGGGUUUGUGUAUAAACGCGUGUGUGUGUUUCAAUUGUUGAACUCGUAAAAUACGUUUGCGCUAUAAUAGUGUUAAUUUUUUAGCAAAAAUUAAAAAUGGCGGAAAAUGUGCGAGUUGUUAUUAGAUGCCGGCCUAUGAAUAAAAAAGAACAUGAUUCCAAUUGUAGAAAUAUAGUAUCUGUGGACAAAUGUUCAGUGUCGGUAACAAACCCAUCAGAUUGCACAGCUCCAGCCAAAAAUUUUACAUUUGACAGCGUGUAUGGUGAAUUGGAACGUACGGAAUUACUAUACAAUGAAGCCUGUUAUUCACUUGUUGAUAAUGUUCUUGAAGGCUACAAUGGUACAAUUUUUGCAUAUGGACAAACUGGCUGUGGGAAGACAUUCACAAUGCAGGUACGAAUAUAUGUACAUACAUAA